GUCGAUCUUUGUUUACAGACAACAGCCGCAAUAUUACGAGGAAAAUGCCGAUUUAUGAAGUGUGGUUGCAAAAUACAAGUAUUUAGUGUUAAAUUAUUUUUAUAAACUGUAAACAAUUCGUUUGUCAAACCCAUAUAGCAGCAACAAUCGUCGUACUUGACAACUGCCGUCAAUACCGGUUUUGUACUUUUUUCUAAAGCCUUGAUGGCCAAAUGCUAAACAUGACAACACCUCCUUUCUAUCCACUUUGGCGCCAUCCCGGGUUCGCAUAAGCUUGGUUGGUGAGAAGAGCGAAGAUUUUACAGCUAGGCUGCGCCGCCGCUGACUGCGGAAACGGACAGAAAAAAGUGGAAAACCGUCGCUCCGCGAUGAAUCUCAGCAAACUGGGGUGAGAGGGAACGUUUACCUUGACUGUGAAAAUCAAUUACUUUUCACCGAUUGCCGUGCUGUGGCGUAGAAUGCUCUGGUAAGUGCAGGGCAGGAUGGCGAAGGUUUGUUUUCUGUGCAAAAGCAGCGAGGACGAUGAGCUGCUGUUCGGCAAGUUCUACACCAAAUGGAGACUGUCCGUGCAUUAUUAUUGCUUGCUGCUGUCGUCUAAUCUGGUGCAGAACGGUGUGAACGAUACGGUCGGCAUCUUUGGCUUUCUCGAGCAGGACAUCCGGAAGGAGAACGAACGGACGAAGAAAUGCCGCUGCUACAUCUGCAAGGAGAUGCACGCGAACGUGUCCUGCUGCUCGAAGAAAUGCUUGCGCACGUUUCACACGGUCUGCGGCAUCAAGAACCGCUGUCUGUCCCACUACACGGACACGUUCCAGUCGUGGUGCGCCUCCCAUAUACCGGUCGAGCGCGACGCCCAGCCGCACACGGCCGAGGAACCGUGCUCGAUAUGCUACGACGAGAUGGGGCAGUACGAUCGGAUCACCUCCAUCCGGGCGCCGUGCUGCCGGAACGGGUGGUUCCACCAGCGCUGCGUCGCACAGUACGCCCAAUCGGCCGGGUACUUCUUCAAGUGUCCGCUGUGCAACAACGAGGACACAUUCUUGCCCGAGAUUCCACGGCGCGGUGUGUUUGUACCUGAGCGCGAUGCGGCCUGGGAGCUGGAACCGAACGCGUUCCAGGAGCAGCUGGUGCGGCCGACUGCAUGCGACUCGGAAGAUUGUAAAUGCGAGCAAGGGCGCAGCGUGGACAGCCACGAGUGGCGGCUGGUGAUAUGUGGGUCGUGCGGCUCCACCUGCCGCCACCGGCAGUGCAUGGAGGCGACGCCCGAGCUGACGCGUGCCUACGUGUGCCAGCUGUGUCGGCCGAUUCUUGGCGAGCGAGUAUCGCUGGUCGAGGAUAGCGACGACGAUAGUAGCGAGGAUGAGACGGUAGCGUCUGGUUCGUCCAGUUCCGCGUCCCAGUUCGACAAAGUGCGCCCGGCUAAAGAGCUGUCGAGGCCGGGUUCGGGCGAGUCGGGCGUACACUGCUCAAGCUCGAGCGACGAAGCGCUGGUCGCCGUCUGCCGGCGAGCUCGCCGAAAUGUGGCUACCAUUGCGUCGGACGGCUCGGACAGUGAGCAUUCCGAUGCUAGCUCCGUGCAGUUAAGACGCUUCGUGCAGCAGAACACGGGAAAGCGUGUGCGGCGACUGCUGUCCGAUGAAUCGGACGAGGGAACUAGCAAUCCCAUGGGCGUGGAGGAGGAUGGAAAGGAUCCGUCGGAAGCCGGUCAACUAUCAAAGUCUGGUACCAGCAAGCAUUUAAAGACAGACACCAAACCGACCUCUGCGCUUGCGUUGAGCGUUGAUCGUUCACCGGCUGGGCGGGUGUAUGAAACGUCCGGCGUGUCCGCAGCUCCUCAUCCUGACGUAGUUUCUAUUGACUCGACAAGUGAAAGCAGCAUAGGCAUUAGAAAACCGAAACGAGCAAAUGGCCGGCGGCGCAGUCUAUCCACCUCCUCCGAUGAUACCCACGAUACGCGUUCGGAAGAUGGAAGUCACGUUUCGGAAGACCUUGAUGAUUUGCCUCUGAGCAUUUUCCGGCAGAAAAUGCGUGGCAACAAAACGAAACCAUUGCAAAAACUGUAUAAGCCAUCACGCAGGCGAUCAUCACUAGGACCGGAGCGCACCACAAAGCUAUCGGUCGAUACAGGCUGCAACAAACCGGAAGACGCUAAACACACCAACCACUCAAAUGCAUCAUCCAAUAACGAUGAUGAUGGCAGGAGAACGAGACAGCUGUCCAGAAGACUGUCGUUGAACGAUGCCGGCAAGCAGCGGUCGACCAGCGAAAGCAGCAGUGAAAUACUACCACGGAAACGGGCGAUCGCGCGCCGACCGAGACUUGACUCUUCCUCCGAACAGUCGGAAAAGCAAGCAGCCGUCCCAGACGAAACCACCAGCAGCAAGGCACCGCGUAGCAAACGGCGCCGCCUUUCUCGCGAGCAGCAGCGGCACAGGCCGCGUAUCAUCAGCCCACCAAGUACGCCACCGUCGCUUGCCUCGGAAACGACGUCGCAACAAUCGGACACCGGCAGUACCACCGGUGGCGCCGACGCCAGCGAAGAUCUGAAACACACCACCACCCCCACCUCGUCCUCCUCCCACCCCACUCCCGCUUCGGUCGGGAGUACACCGAACCGGCAGCAGCACCAGCAGUCGAUCCUAAAGUUUGUCAACUGUUCGGCGCGCAAAACAACCCCGGCGAGCAGGAGCGAUGGGUCGACGGAGGAGACAAUUUCACCGCCCCGAAUGAAGCAGACCGGGGGAAGUGGGAGCAGUGACCCUGGCAAGGCGGAAAGCGGCACCAAAAAACAGGGUAGCCCAGCAGAAGGCGGUAAACGUGCAAUAGCGGUCAAACGAACACGUAGCGCGACGGAUCCACCAAAGCGAAGCAGAACGACCACGGAGGACACCGAUGGCAAACAGCUGAACGACAGCAACGGCACACUGCAGGGGCCAACAACGAGUAAAGCGACCGCCGCAAACAAAGCAAAGAAGGUAAGGGUGUGUGCGUGUUGGCUGUUGACGGUUAGUUCGUUAGUUAGCGUAUUUCUUCUCUCGUUUUUAGGACAAGGCACAGAACAAUAUACUGAACUAUUUUAAUCGCUGCUGAGUUGAAUCUGUGGAUGCUCAGCAGGACAACCGAUGCUGGCGUGCUGCUACUGUUGGUUCGUCCGGCAUUUAGGUGACUUUUGAACAGUUUUAUCUUAGCUAAUGAACGAUACUGAUUCGGAGCAAAGGAGGGAGAGCGGUGUUUAGGAAGAAAUGUUGGCCGCAACAGAUUGCCAGCAGCUAUGACAUGGGUGCCAUCGUUGCCCCCAUUGCAUUUCUUUUUUUUAUUUUCCUGCUUUUCGGAUCGUCCUGGCAUUUACGAACAUUUACCUACUGUAUAACCUUGUGUACUGGAUAGUGAAUAAUGUUAUUGUUCUAGCUUAUCUAUUCUAGUAUUAGUUUUUUUUUCUCUGUACAACCGAAACAUGUUUUGAUGCGAUUUGGUUUUUAAUUGACCCUCUUUUCUGCAUUAAUUGCACAUUGUACAUUUUAACAAAAGCCCCAUCGCUCUAAUGACUUCAGCGUGUCUUGACUGACUGGCUUUAGCGUGUUACAAGUGAAAUAAAACUAUUUUGAAAAUAUGCCGCGCGCGCCUCCCCGUAAA